AUGGCUCCAGUCAAUCGAUGGUUGAGGCCUGAGGUCUAUCCGCUGUUUGCAGCGGUUGGAACUGUUGUAGGUAUUUGUGUGAUGCAAUUAGUGAGGAACAUAACGACCAAUCCUGAUGUCAGGGUGCGCAAGGAAAAAAGAACAGCCGGAGUGCUCGACAAUCUCGCCGAAGGGGAGAGAUAUAGAGAACACGGCCUUAGAAAAUAUGUGCGCAAUAAAGAGCCUCAGAUCAUGCCAUCUGUCAACGAUUUAUUCUCGAAGCCAGAAUAAAAGGGAGAUGGGUUCUUAUGUUCUCAUCUGGUUUGAUAGUUCUGAAUUUUAGUUCGUGUGGGGGAUAUCGUCUGUUUAUUGUAA